AUGUCUCGUAUCAGGUCGCACAAACUAUUCCCAAUCACACAAGAAGUUGGAGAUGAGUAUAUGCGCGCUUUGGACAGAGCAAGUAGUGGUCGACCUCACAACGGGGUAAUUCUCGAGGCAUCGCCUCUGCCCGUCCCUCCCAUUACCGAACUGAAAACGGCUUCUCUCGAGGAUGAGAGCUUCAGGGUCACACUUGAUAGCCAAAGCGCUGAAGACGUGCUCGUUAACGGCAAGCAAGAGCUAUACUCGUACAAGUCGGGAGGGUGGAGACACCCACUGAUCCUCUACGUGGAUGGAGUAGUCGACGAAGGCAAUCUUGGGGCUAUUGCACGCUCAGCCUAUGUCCUGGGUGCGGACGCCAUCAUCACGCCGACCCACCAUACCGCAAACUGGAGCCACAUCGCGGUCAAGGCUUCGGCCGGUGCCGCUGAAGCCAUUCCGCUUUUCAAGGUCGGAGACCCAACCGACUUCCUGAAAAAGAGCGCGGGUGCAGGGUGGUGCAUCUACGCGAGCGACGCCAUUCCGCCUGCGCCCCCAAGUCUCUCUUCAACCGAAGACGCACCCGAGCCUGGAUCCAACAAAGUAGUUUACACUAUUUCGCAGGGUAGGAAACGUCUUCCCGCCGACCACAGCCCAGUUGCCGAGCACCCCACAAUCCUCAUGAUGGGUGCUGAGGGCACGGGAUUGAAGACCAGUCUGGUCAACCUGGCGAGAUACAAGGUCGGAAUCCCCCAUGGCCGCGAGGCCAACGAGGUCGGAGUCGACAGUUUGAAUGUCAGCGUUGCGGCGUCGAUACUCUGCUACGAGAUGCUGCAGAAGCCGAGGACACAGCCUGAGCGAAACCCCGAGAACGUUGUCUUCUAG